GGACCCCAGCUAGAGCCCCCGGGGGGGGGCACGGCCACCACGGACCCGUCGGCGACGCCGGAGGGGUGCCCGGGGUGCUCCGGGGAGGGCGAUGCCAGCGCCGUUCCCCCCGGGGCCGUGACCUGGCCCGGGGCCGGGGGGACGGUGCCCGUGGCCCUGGGCAGCCCCGAGGAGCCGGGGAGCGGCGAGCGGCCCACGGCGGCCUCCCUGCCCAGCCCAGGGGGCGUCGGGGGUCUCCCGGCCGCCCCGCCCAGCCCCCCCGGCCCCCAGCUCGCCACCGACUCGGCCGAAUCUGAGCUGCUGCCGGCGGCCGGGGGCUCGGCCGCGCCCCAGAGCCCCGCGCCGGGCGAGCCCAGCCCCGUGCCCGCCGCCGCGGGGGACUCGGGGGGUCCCCCGGAGCUCUGGGCGGCCCCGUCCAGCCCGGCCCCGGCGCAGGGGGCUCGCGGCUGGACGGACCUGACGUGGCUGCAGGAGCCCAUCACGGCGGCCACGGGCCCGGCCAAGCCGCCGCCCGGCCGGGCGGGCUCCGACAUCAUCGACGUCGACUACUACGACCUGUUCGAGGGGGGCGACGGACUGGGGGGCUUCCCCGGGGCCGGCCGGGAGGCGGCCGGGUCGGCGCGGCGGAGGGA